GAGGCCAUCAAGGCGGGUGAGGGCAUCGUCGCCUCUCACCUGUCCGUGAACCGCGACGAGGACGUGUUUCCUGACCCGGUCGUCUUGGGCGCGCAUCGCACGCCGGAGCCCGAACCACGCGCUGAGCUUCAGCGUCGGGCCGCACGGGUGCGAACCGCUAGCUCGUGCGGAGUCGUAGAGCGUCUUUGGUAGGUUUACUGUUCAGUCCCAUUCGGCACUCUGAGGAGUUUGCCCCCUCCAUCCUCUCGCCAUCUUCCCUGUGCUGUUGGAAUAAUGGCAGUACAGCGACGCUUUGCAAGAAGCUCCCGAAUCCCGGACUCGCCACCCCUAUCUCCGCGGUCGUGUACACCCCGCUUACAGAGACGUCGGCGUCGUCACGUCGCUGGUCUAUUGGUGGCCGCCAAGGUGGGUUACGAAGCUCGUACAGGAAGCGCAACAUUGAGUUACCGAGGCUGCGGGUGUCGAGGUCUCUCUCUCUCUAUCUCUUUUUCUCCUCACCAAGGAGCCGGGGUGCCCAUCGCUGGGUCUCAUCGGAAAGGUGGCCCAAGUGGAAGAACAUUGGAUGAUAGGGCUAUAAUUCAAGAAACACGUCGUCCAUGCGCAACAUGGUCCCCGAGAUCAAACAUGGCGCGGGCGCAUCCCAAGGUUCGAUCAUCAGGCGCCGCCGCGCUGGCCAAUGUUGGAGCUUGCGGCACCGAGUUCGGCCAUUAUACUUUUGAACGUCAUCCAGUUGACCCCAAGAUCCAAGCUACGAGGCCGAGGUUCGAGCUCCGUAGCUUCCGAUACGGGGCAGUGUUUUAAAAGGGGGAGCUGAACUCUCAAGACGGCUGUGUUAAUGGUGUAUGCCCUUGGAGCUUCAAAAGAUAUUCUGCAAACCGCUUUACCAUCAAGAAAACAAACCACAUAGUGAAACUAUCACCAUCAAGACACCAUGCAGGUCGCAGGCAACCCGAUCGUGAUGGGGGACAGGAACAAAGCGGCGCCGUGGUACUCGCCCGAGUUAAAAGUUUCUCCGGAAGCGCGCCGGA